UUGGAACAUUUAUAGAACCGACGGUUCCUUGAACGUUACACGUCUAGUUUUUCAGCGGAUGCACGGAAGUCCAAAGUCUGAGCGAACUUCCAAAAUGGAGCCGAUUAGCGCCGUGAAACCUUGGACCCACAACAAAUCGACGCUCCUGCUGGUCGGCGGGGCAGCUGCCGCAGUUGCAGUGGCUCUGGGCGUCGGAUAUAAAUACCUGCGAAAGUCUGAAAGGCUUUUGCGUGUGGGCGUCGUGUCGCAGCUCCUCGUCCACCCGCUCAAGUCCGGAAAAGCGGCGUCAGUACCGGUCGCCGAAUGCCUCAAGAUGGGCCUUAAAUACGGCCAAACGCCGGACCGCCACUGGAUGGUGGUGACUGAGGACGGCCACAUGGUGACGGGCCGCCAGGAACCUCGUCUGGUUCUGGUGUCUUUGACAUGCGAGGGAGGUGACGUGUGCCUGAACGGGCCCGACAUGGCCGAGCUGCGUUUCCCCGUCAAGCAGCCCGACAACACUUUAUUGGACUGCAGAGUGUUCGGUGCCGACAUCCCGGGACGUGACUGCGGCGACGAAGCAUCCCGUUGGUUGGUCCGCUAUCUGAAGGCGAAGAAGACCUACCGCCUGGUGCAAUUUGAACCCCACAUGAGGGCCAGGAGGCCGGCGGACACAGAAUCUGUCUACUUCCCUGAUGACAAAGUGGCGUACCCUGACAGCGGUCCGGUCAUGCUGCUCUCUGAGGCAUCUGUCAAGGACCUGAGCGACAAGAUGAACAAGGACCUGACGGUGGAGCGCUUCCGGCCCAACAUCGUCAUCGGUGACUGCGAGGCGUUUGCCGAAGAUUCAUGGGAAGAGAUCCAGAUUGGCAGCGUUCGUCUGCGGCGGGUGAUGUCAUGCGGGAGGUGCAUUUUCACCAUGGUGGACCCCAAAACUGGAAUCAGCAGCAGAAAGGAGCCUCUUGCAACACUGAAGAGCUACCGAAUGUGCAAACCCGAAGAGAAGCACAUCUACAAGUCUGCGCCGCUGUUUGGGCAGCUGCUUAGCGUGGAGAAGCCCGGCGUGAUCCAGGUGGGCGAUCUCGUCUACCAAGUCAGCCGCUGAUGAAAAAGAAACGCCAAACGACAAUUGAUGCACUCAAGAAUGCAAAGCCCCAAUUAUCGUAUUUUCUGCACUAAAAGGCGCACCUAAAAGCAUUAUUUUCUGAAAAGCUGACACUACACCUUUUUAAUCUGUUGCGCCUUCUAUAUGGAUCACUGUUCUGUCAGCGUAGCUCCAUCUGAUGGAUGCAUGAUGUAACCGCAGCCACAAUUGGCGCUUCUAUUCUACGCACCUUAUAAUGCGGUUGCGCCUUAUAUUCCGAAGGGCCUUAUCGUGUGGAAAAUAUGGUACUUAAAUAUUGUAACGGGUUAGUACAGUAUCUUUCACUACCGUAUGAAAUAUGACGAUUCAAGGUUGGAUUUCAUAACCUCAAUGUAAUAUUGAGUUAUAACAGAGGAAAAUAAACACAUUUGCAAGAUUA